AUGGCCCUCUCUAGGAUUAUCCUCUGCGGCAGGUCGACGCAGAUUGGCAGUGUGGUUGUUGCUGGUCUGAAGCCAGAAGUCGAGGUGAUUCAUUUCGUCAUGUCAGCGGAAGCAGGAAAGGCCGAGAUUCCCGCCAUCCUUCGCGGGGAGUCCGUCUCCCCCACCAACGAGUACGGCACCCACGAUUACUCUAAAACCCCUGACGCUGUGGUCUUGGGUGGUGGAUACGAUGAGCAAGACAUCAGUACCAUGCGGGCUGCCUGUCAGGGAGUCAAGAACAACAUUCCUUGGCUAAGACCGGACAUGACGAAGCCUACUCCUCCCUUGGGACCUGAGUAUGGGAAGGCGAUGGUCCAGCGAGUGAAGGUCGCCUUGGCGGAAUUAAGGGAAAAGGAGACGCCUUCAGAGGAUGGUAUAGAGUGGUUUUAA